UCCUAGUCCUUCCGCUGCUGAUCGUCGCCCUGUUUCCCCUCGCCCUCGCAGAUAUGGAGCCCAUCCCGGGUUACGAGACCACUAAGCAGACGAUCACGGCCGGCUCCGGCCCCGUCGUCGCCAAGGGCGACACCGUCACCGUCCACGCCACCGGCAUCGUGGAGGAGGGUAACAAGAAGUUCUGGUCAACCAAAGACCCCGGCCAGCAGCCCUUCACCUACCAAGCCGGAGUCGGCAAGGUCAUCACCGGCUGGGAUCAGGGAUGUCUCGGCAUGAACGUCGGCGAGACCCGCAAGCUCCGCAUCCCCGCGCACGAGGGCUACGGCGCCGGUGGAUUCCCAGCCUGGGGUAUUCCCCCCGGCGGCACCCUCCUGUUUGAGAUCGAGGUGCUGUCCAUCAAGGGCAAGGGAGGCGAGCUGUGA